AUGUGCGGAAUCUGUCUUGUUAUCGAAAAUAUCGAUGCAGAGACACGGAAGGAUCUCUUUUUAACGUUAUGUCCGACAUUCGACCCUAAAACGUUAUCGAACUCAUUUGAUUGUGGUGAAGACCUUGAAGAACGAUGUCUCAUCCAAAUUCAGAGAAGGGGUCCAACUUUGCGAGACGGAAGACGUCAAAUCAUUAUUAGAAAUCGAUCUAGAAGAAUUGAAGAAGAAACGUUGGAUGAGGUGACGAGAGACAAUGAAGCAUCAACUGAUUUAAGAUGCUGUUUGUAUGCGGCAGUCCUUCAUCUUCGAGGAGUGUGUCCCACUCCACAACCAUUGAACCUUCCGAAGGAUUCAAGAACAUCUAAAAUCACACUUGCCUGGAAUGGCGAAGUGUUUGGAGGUGCCAUGUAUCUGGAAUGCGAGAAGAAUUCCACCAUGAGCGAUACAGACAUUAUUUGCAUGUCAUUCUGCAAUCUCUAUGACAAAUACUCCACUUAUUACAAUUUAGAUGAUUUUGAGAAAGAAGGACUCGCACUUCUGGAAGCAAUCGAUGGACCUUUUGCAGUUGUCAUCCACUUCAGCAGUCCAAUUGAUCAAAUUUGGAUAGCGAGAGACAAGAUUGGAAGGCGUAGUUUGUGUCUCAUGGAUCCACAACCACAUCGUGAAUCUGGUUCGAUCAUUCUCACGUCUGUUGGUCCAUCGAUGUCCCAAAAUGGUCCAUACAUGGCGGAAGUGGGAGUCUCUGGGGUGUUCGUUUUGGAUCGUCAUUCUGAUGCGCGCAUGAGAAUUCGUUGCUUUCCUUGGAAGAAGCCCAUAGAGUUCAACAGCAAAGAAUUUUGGAGUGCGCAACUAUCGAUUGAACCUCCACUGCUUCAAUUCAGAGAUGCAACUGUAAUUGCUUUAGAAAAUUUGUUGUUGAAUGCCAUCAAAAUAAUGAUUUCGAUUCCCGAACAGAAAUCGACACUUUCACCGGGAACGCAACUUGAUUUAUUGAAUGUCGCGUUUGGACAACACUUGGAAGCUCCUGAUCGCUUCACUGCGCUUGCUACAUAUCAAGAGAUUCAAUCUAUUGACACUUUUGGGACUGCAUUUCAGCAGAUUAACUUGGUUUGCAUCGAUAUUUCAAAAAGUGAGUCGAUAGAAUCACGUACUGCGCCCACGAAUCUAAUCUUUCUCCUUUUAUUAGACGAACUCAAAGCAAACGAGUUGGCAAUCUGUUCUUUGCUUCAUCCUAAAAAUUCACAUAUGGAUUUGAACAUAGGGGCUGCGUUAUUUUUUGCAUCAAGGGGAAUUGGAUUUUUGAUUCGUCCAGAAUUUCAUCAAAAUGAAAAUCAAAACUGGUGGUCUCAUUACCUUGAAGGUAAUGAUAAUCAUUGCGACCCUGCAGCGUCAGCCGUUUCUGUCGUCAUAGAAAAUCUUCCUGCUUCUAUCGAGAAGCGUCAUGAAGCGAAGACCAAGGUUGUUGUUCCACGUCAGUGUUCUAACUGCCAUCUCAUGAGAAAACCUGGAUGUGCAUACGAAUUAUGCCGGCUCUGUUGCGAAAGGGGAGCCCGUCAGAAACCUGAAGUCCAGCAAUGUAAAAUCCAUCAUAUUCGAAUCGUGACUGAAAUCAAACCAGCAUCAGAAUCUAUGAAGCCUCACAGUUGCCUGUAUCAGACGGGAAUCGGUCAGAUGUUGCAAAGCUGCCCUUGUUGUGGUGAAGCCGCUAUCUUGUAUUCCAGUCGAGCUCCAGUGGUUUUGGUUGGACAUGGAGCUGACGAGCUUUUCGGCGGCUAUGGAAGGCACGCAACGGCCGACAUGCAUAACGGUUUGGCAGGAGCAAGGGAUGAGAUGACAAAAGACUUGCGUCGACUGUGGGAGAGAAAUCUCGGUCGCGACGAUCGUUGUGUCUCUGAUUGGGGCAGAGAAGCUCGUCAUCCAUUUUUGGAUGAAGAGGUCGGCAAUCAGAUCUACUGGCCGAGCUAA